AGGCGGACCGAGUCGUCGCAGUACGUCAGGAGACUUCGGCUCCGCUCGGAGAAACGGCAUCGGACUGUAUGGUGGAGAACCGUUUCACAGUUUUACCUUUUUCUGGGGACCGGCUGUAUGAUUAAGCUACAAUCUUCAAUGAGUAAGCAUAUCCCACAGUUCUGUGGUGUUCUGGGUCACACAUUUAUGGAGUUUCUGAAGGGCAGUGGGGACUACUGCCAGGCUCAGCACGCUGCCUAUGCAGACGAGUGAACGGCCAAACUCGCCAUCGAUCCGACGCACUUGAGCCACAGGAGGGACCCCGGAAAGUUGGCAGGACCGGGACGCCUCCCAGAACCAGCGACAACUCGGCCUGGAUGGGGUAACUUCACCCGCUGCACACUGCCCUCGUCGGCUUCCGCCUGGCCUGAAUCAAGGUGGAACCAGCCUUGUUUUUUUCCCCCUUCCUUUUCUUUUGUUUUAUUCCAAAGCAGAGGGUUUUGAGUUAUUUCUCUGAUUGUCCACCCUUUUUCGGCCGUUAACUCCUCAAAUUUCCCCAUUUUCCUGUCGCAGCCUUCGUUUAGUUUUGUUUUUUGCCAACUUCGAAGAAGACCGGAGGAUUUCUGUUUCUGGGUUUCUAGAAGCUCGUUGGAAGUUUUUGUUUGACAUUCCCUCCGAGGUUAACUAAGUGUUUACAUUAGAGUUUUUACUCUGUGGAAGACUUCUGGGUUUUGUUUUGGGUUUCUUUUUUUACGUUGUCACAAUGGCUCGUAUGAACAGACCAGCCCCUGUGGAGAUCACCUACAAAAACAUGCGGUUCCUCAUUACCCACAAUCCCACCAACGCCACCCUGAACAAGUUCAUCGAGGAGCUGAAGAAAUAUGGCGUGACCACCGUUGUGAGAGUUUGUGAGGCCACCUAUGAUGCCACCUUGGUGGUGAAAGAGGGAAUCCAAGUUCUGGAUUGGCCUUUUGACGAUGGAGCUCCUCCCUCCAACCAGAUCGUGGAUGAUUGGCUGAACCUGCUGAAGCUGAAGUUUAGGGAGGAGCCCGGCUGCUGCAUCGCUGUCCACUGUGUGGCAGGGCUGGGGAGAGCUCCUGUUCUGGUCGCGCUCGCCUUGAUCGAAUGUGGGAUGAAAUACGAAGAUGCUGUCCAGUUCAUUCGACAGAAGCGUCGAGGAGCGUUCAACAGUAAGCAGCUGUUCUACCUGGAAAAAUAUCGUCCAAAGAUGCGCCUGCGCUUCAAAGAUUCCAACGGCCAUCGCAAUAACUGCUGCAUCCAGUAGAGCCAAACCCUGAGCCACGCCAAGGCAAAUCCCCCCCUUCCCCCACCUCACUAGCUUAUUACCUGGCAGGCUUGUUUUCUUAGUCAUUGUGUUGAAAAACCAUGCUCUGUAAUUUAACUGUCCCCUUUCCCCACUCCAGGUUCAAACUCAAGUGUCCCAAAAAAGAAAACAGUAAAAUUAGUUGUGUGAACCGGAAUCACCGUGUUUUCUCUUGAUGUCCCCCCCUCUCCCCCCAAAAAAAAAAUUCGGAAGGGCAGCGCUGAGUCGUGUAUCAUUGUAAGAUGUUGGAUUAAUUGUUUUCGGCAAACGCAUCCCAAAGAUUUUAAUUGGCCAGUACGGUUACAUCGCCUAAUAAAUUUUUAAUUUCAUGAUGUGAGGAAUUAUGUAAACCCCGUUCAAUUUUAGGGUUCCGUUUCAAGACUGACUGGAAAAAGGUAUGCCUUCCUUCAAAUCAGAUGGUUCAUCCGUAAAUGCCUUACAAUCGAAGUGGAACAAAGGCAAUUGAGGCGGGAGUCGACUCCCGCUGGCAUUUGGGAAAGGUCAUUUUUCUACUCGGAACAAAAAAAAAAAGAAAACGUUGCCUUUGUCUUGUGCAGGAAGUCUUACACUCACUUAAGCCCUUUCAGUAACUAUUUUUUAAUAUAAAAUGCUUACUUGUUGCAAUAUUUGUCAAUUGAAAGUCUAGGAACUCGUACUUUUGUUUCUUUUCUCUAUCAGAUCUUCUGUUUACUAAUUAACUGCCAUGUCCAAAAUGUGAUUUAGUUUUUUGUUUUAGUUUGUUUCUUUUUUCUUUUUUUUGCUUCAAACUGGACUUCCAACGUCUGCUAUAUUUUGUAUGCCUUUUUAUUUGAUGUCGGUAACUUAAGACUUGGAUACUUGAUGAUUUUAUGUAUUUGAAAAUGUGUAGUAUUAUUAUUAUUAGGUUGGCUAUUUAUACUAUCAAUGGAUGUGUGAUUUAGUACCGUGAGCGACAAAGUUGUACCUGUUCACCAACUUGUGAGUCAGUGAGAGUACAUUAAAUGAUACACUGAAAAAGAAAA